CAACGCUGAGCUGCUGGCAAUGCUGGCCUGUAGUCUAAAGAAUUUUUGCGUUAGUCGCUAGUAUUUCAGUUAUGAUUCGAAAGACCUUCUUUUUGCAAUUGCUCCGUCCAUGACCCGACUGCCAGUCAUUGUGGUAGCGCUCAGUGUAGCAAGUUAUAUGCUCUGGAGCUCAAUACCAAUUUGGCGAUCAGCCUGGUUUACCCCCAGGCUUUUUCCCAGUUGGAACAUUUGGAGCCAACGGCCUUUGGUGUCGACCACUGAAAAGAUGUCGCAAACCCACCCAUUCUCCAUGGUAUUCGUCACGGCUCCCAACCAAGAGGUGGCCCAAAAGAUCGCUCAAGGUGUAGUGACUCAGAAGUUGGCAGCUUGUGUCAACAUCCUUCCGGGCGUCACUUCUGUGUAUGAAUGGGAAGGUAAAAUAGAAACGGACACGGAGCUUCUGCUAAUGAUCAAGACUAGGAGCACCGUUGUCCCGGAGUUGACCGAGUUUGUCCAUCAGAACCACCCUUUCGACACGCCCGAAGUCAUCGCCACCUCCAUCGAACAGGGCAGUCAAAAGUAUUUAGAUUGGAUUGGAAAUACUGUCCCACAAAGAAUGGCUCAGAAAUUGGAGGAUAAAUAGAACUCUGAUAACGAUUUGCUUGUGACUAUCAACUUUCGGCGAAAACAAUGUUUUCGUGAUGAUCUUUCGGUUAA